GUUUGGAACGAUUAAAGAGGUUCUUGCUAAAAGAGCAGUGGGCCGGAUUUGAACUCAUGCUCCAGUGAACAUGCCUCCACAGGCUUAAACUACUGGGCCAACCAAAGCCACAUAAACAAUAGUUUUUUAUCAUAUUCACACACCAAAGAUCAUUAGACCCAAUAAUGUGUAAAAAAGAUAUAAUUUCAAAAACUGCAUGUGCGCUGUAAAUAGAUGACAUCACCAGCUGCCUGUCACUUUGGAUAUCAUGGACUAUGUCAGGUGUGUGAGUUUAUGUGCUCGUCCUGGAUUAAAGUGGGAUUACAGGAUUACAAUGUUCAGUUCAGAGUCGUGUGAAAUGACCUAGUAGACACUGACAGGAAACUUCACUUGCACAGAAUAUAUUCUGUAUCUGCUAUCAAUAAUUUGGAAUAAGGAUUUUUCCCCUUAGGUCUGCCGUUAGGGCUUAUCCAGGAACAAGCCAUGGCUGUAGACGUUGUGUCUCACAGCCUGCAUCUCCUGGAGACUCUUAAAGAGUCCUUUGAGAACAACAAGCUGUCGGAUGUCAAGGAGGCUGUGGAAGACCUCCUGAUCAGCCGGAUUAAUCUAGGUGUGGCGGGGGACCGGGGCCCCCAGAAGGCUGCCUUCCUGAACACACUCCGCGGCCUGGGGCCUGAGGAUGAAGGGGCUGCCCAGUCCCCCUCUCCCACCCCCCCGGACGAGCUGGCUGUCUACCCCAACCCCAAACAUCCAGACUUCCACCUGUGGGACCUCCCACCUCCCCAUACGGCCUCGACCUUUGAUCUGGAGGGGUACAUGGAGCGGGUGAAAUUCAUGCGCUACAAUGCAGUUGUCAUGGCAUUCACCCAGAGUCUUCAUCCCAACAGUGUGGCAGUGUUCUUGGAGGCCCGCUCGCUGCAGAGGAACCCAGUGUACUUUGCCCUGCUGGCCUCAGGGACGGACACAGAGAAGGUUCUGGAAGAGAGGCGAAAGGCCAGCCUGGAGGUCCUGAGGGCCCAUGGUGUGGCCCUGCCUAAGGUGUUCCUGGUGAGGCCCAACUUCCUGGAGAAGCUGGACUUCCCUGGGCUGUUGGAGGAGAUGGAGAGAGACCUCCCAGAGAUCCGGGCACACGCCCUCCUCCUGGCCCUGCCCACGCUGUCCCCGGCCCUGGUCGGCCGAAAGAGGGACGCCUUCAAGGCUCUGGUGUGGGCGGCCGCAUCCCUCUCCGGCGGGGUGUCGACCAUCCCCGUCCCUCUGGUGGCCUCCAUGGUGGACGCCAGCGUUGGCGUGAGGAUCCUCACCAAGGCCCGGGCCUCGCUCUGUCUGGAUGACCAGUCCGUGGAGCGGUUGGCAAGGCAGCGCGGUGUGGAGCCGGCGCGGCUCAAAGCCCUGCGGACGUGUAACCUUUCAGCUGAGGUCACCAAGGGGGAGGUGAAGCUGCGUCUGGCGGCGGUAGAGAAGGAGCUGGCCACAAACACGACCCUGCUGGUAGAAAUGGCCAUGCCCAGACAUGCCCGAUCUGUGGGCCGCUCCUUUUCUGCCAUGAUGCAGGCUUUAAACGGGGCCAUUGAUGAGAUGGGGACGGACGCAGAGAAGAUACUGGCUGCUGCUGGUGUAGAGGAGGGAAAAUGAGGUAAAUGUGCUUUUUUAUGUGUUAGUUCCACUGAGAUCCUGUUCAUGCUCAGUUAUUAGAGAGAUGUAAGUGCAUUUCAAGGCUUUUACAUGUUUUGAUGUUUAAUUCAAUUUGAAACAACGUGGAUAGUGAGUGCAGUGUGACUUAUAUGUAAUAAAACAUUUUCAAGGACAAUUA